CUUCACCAAGAUGGCGGCCGCUAAGGAUGGUCGUGGUGAAGUGGUCACAGGGAACAGGCGGCGACUCCAUCUGGGGAUUCCUGAGGCUGUGUUUGUGGAAGAUGUAGAUUCCUUCAUGAAACAGCCUGGGAAUGAAACUGCAGAUAUAGUACUAAAGAAGUUGGAUGAACAGUACCAGAAGUAUAAGUUUAUGGAACUCAACCUUGGUCAAAAGAAAAGGAGGCUAAAAAGUCAGAUUCCAGAAAUUAAGCAGACUUUAGAAAUUCUUAAAUACAUGCAGAAGAAAAAAGAGUCCACCAGUGCAUUGGAGACCAGAUUCUUACUGGCAGAUAACGUGUACUGCAAAGCUUCGGUUCCCCCUACUGACAAAGUGUGUCUGUGGUUGGGGGCAAAUGUAAUGCUUGAAUACGAUAUUGAUGAAGCUCACGCACUGUUGGAAAAGAACUUAGCAACUGCCACAAAGAAUCUUGAUUCUCUUGAGGAAGACCUUGAUUUUCUUCGAGAUCAAUUUACUACCACAGAAGUCAAUAUGGCCAGGGUUUAUAAUUGGGAUGUAAAAAGAAGAAACAAAGAUGAUUCUACCAAGAACAAAGCAUAACGAUGGCAGUUGCAAACGUGGUUCAGUUUUCCUAACACAUGUUAUUUUAAAUACCCCAAAAUUUAUCCUUCAGAAGUGACAUAACGUUGACUAUUUUUUUUAGCAGCAAGGAUGAGGAUUAAAGCUUUUAAAAAAGAGAAACACCAUUUUAUUUAUUUAUAAGAACAAAAUUAGUUUCUAAUAUUUUAGGAAGUUAACAGUCUUUUGAUUUUUUUUUCACAUUUCCCAAUAAA